AGCCAGGAUUUUGGAAACAGUGCGGGACAGCAAAGUGGACCUAAUUUACAUGUAAAUUCAAAUAAUGUGGACCAAUUUUCUCUUGAAAUGAACCCCAUUUUACGCAUAAAUAUGAGAACUCCCAAUUGUCCCAAUAGCUGGCUACGGCAUUGGUCACAUGUUCAAAAGCUUUGGCCACACUAUCAAGCUUUCUUGAUUGCCCAUAGUCAAAAUCAUAGUCAUAGUUAAAAUUUGAUAGCCUAGACAGGGCUUUUGCUAUGAACUAAACUCUUCAUGAAUAUAUUUGUUAUAUGUAAAUUCAAGGGUGCGGUGCAGUCAAUAUUGAGCAAAAUAUAUCAAAUAUUUUUCAUUUGUUUAUCAAAAUUAAUAUUCUAUGUUCUAAGCUGAUAUCGUACAGUUGUUGCACAAAAGCCUGGACCAGGAGGAAAACGUAUUACUGUAUUAAUGCCAAAGGAAAUUUACAAUUGGGGCCUGAGAUUUUUCUGGGGAGGGGAAUUACUUACACCUAUCGGUUAAUAUAAAAAUAACAAAGUUUAAGAUUGGUCCAGGCUUUUGUGUCAUCACAUGUCACUUAUUAUUCUUGAUAAACAACAUUUUGGGUCAUUAUGACUGUAUAUAAUUCAAUUAAUUUCAUACGAACGAGUCGGCGCAUUUGUAGGCAUAUAUCUUCAAAACGCAACAAUAACACAGCAUAAACAUUCUUUGUAACUUCUACGUGGAUUCACAUACUGAAUAGUCAUUUAAAUUAUGCGCUGUACAAUGGUACAGCCAUUACAAUUACGAUAAGCAAAUAUUGAUUAACGGGUCAUAAAUCAAUCGGCCAAAAGUUUGUCAACGGCAGGUGACUGAGCAAAACUGGUCUGUAUCGCCUGCAAUAUUGUUCGUAGUGAGUGAUUGAUUUUGCUAUUAGAGGCUUGUAAAGGAUUGCUACUGCAUUUCAAGAGGAAUGAUGGAGUUCAUUUCAAAUACGUUGGCUAUAUUUGUGGUAACCGUCGUCUUGCUCAUAACAUGGAUAUACAUGAACAUACGGCGGCCACCUGGAAUGCCACCUGGCCCUACGCCCUACCCAAUCAUUGGAAAUAUGCCAAUGUUAAUGGGGAAUUUACCGCCACAAAUACUACUAAUGGAUUCAACGAAAAAGUAUGGACCUCUUAUUUCUGUAAAGUUCGGGUCGUUCUGGUCUGUCGUCAUUAAUAGUUACGAGCUGGUUCAGGAGGCAUUGUUGAUGAAGCCUGACGAUUUUAGUGGACGGCCCCAUAUGUAUUUAAAUUUUACUUGUAUUGUGUCCUUUGCACUUUAUCUGCGUUACUUCUCCACAAAAGAGUAUAAAAUGGCAAAAGAUAUCGCUUUUAGUCAACCAACUCCGACGUGGAAGUUACAUCGGAAGCUUGCACACACAGCCAUACGAAAAUUUGCAACUGGUGUGUACUUGGAAAAUCUCAUUGAUGACGUUAGACCACGUCUAUCCGACGUUAUGCAAUCUAAGGCCAGUGCACCGUUUGAUCCUAAGGAAAUUAUAACUCUCGCCGUUUAUAAUGUAAUCGCUUCUAUGUGCUUUGGACGCAAGUACGAAUUCAACGAUCCUGAACUGCUACGCCUUAUUGACUUGUCGAAAGAAGUCAAUGAAGAUCUUGGAAAUGGAACUGCAGCCGAUUUUAUCCCUUGGUUUCGAUUUUUUCCAAAUCCGACAAUCAAAAGGGUUAAAGCUACAAUGUCGGAAUUCCUUGAUAUCAUCAGUAGGGAAGUUAAAACUCAUUUGAGCUGUGAAGAAGAUCGUCCUGCCAAUGACCUUAUUGACCUUCUGCUGCAAGCUCAGAAAGAAGCAAAAUCCGAGGAAAGCAUUGACGCCAACUGCACCCUAACUGACGUUCAUAUUAAACAAAUAGUUUCUGAUCUCUUCGGUGCUGGUACAGAUACAACAACAGUUACUUUACUGUGGGGUAUUGGUUGUUUGGUAGACAACCCCGAGAUACAGGAGAAAAUUAAAACGGAAAUUGAUGAAGUUAUUGGAGACAGAACUCCGAGACUAAGUGACCGUGGAAAGUUGCCGUACACGGAGGCUACCAUCAUGGAGACAAUGCGAUUCGGAACAGUUUUACCGCUUGGUGUUCCUCAUAGAGCAGUGACAGAUUCUUCAAUUGGUUCAUGCAGGAUACCUGAAGACACAUGGGUGUUUAUAAACCACUGGGCUCUUCAUAAUGACCCGAAAUACUGGGAUGCACCGGAGGAGUUUCGACCAGAACGAUUUUUGGAUUCUUCACAUUCUAUUAAGCAACGAUUACCAAGCUUCCUGCCGUUCUCCACUGGUCGAAGAGUGUGCGUUGGAGAAGCCCUGGCUAAAGCUGAAGUCUUUCUCAUUUUUGUGUGGCUAAUUCAGAAUUACAAAUUUGCUAAGCCCCCGGGUGUAGAGGGUCCUUUAACGGUCUGUGGCAACCCACAAGGCCUCAACUUUCCGAAACCUUACCAAGUUACUGCAGCUUUAAGGGAAUAGGGUACCUUAUAAUACUGUUUUAAAUGUAUAAUAGACUUAUGUUUAAAUAUUAGUGUUUUACUAUAAUUUUACUCAACCAACCAGGAGACAUCCCAGCUAUAAUAAAAGCCAAUGAAUAAU